AUGGAAAACAUGAAAAGGCUUAGAAUAUUAUACAUCAAUGGUUUUGAUACACAUGAUGACUCCAUUGAGUACCUGCCGAACAGCUUGUGUUGGUUUGAAUGUCAUAAGUAUCCUUGGGAAUCAUUGCCGGAAACUUUUGAACCCAAAAGGCUAGUUCAUCUUUAUCUCCACUUGAGUUUGCUGCGUCAUUUAUGGACUGGAAUAAAGCAUUUGCCGUCUCUGCGAAAGCUAAAUCUCUAUCGCUCCAAAAAGCUGAGGCAAACACCAGAUUUCACAGGGAUGCCAAAUUUGGAGUGUUUGGGUUUGGAAUGGUGUAGUAAUCUUGAAGAGAUUCACCAUUCCCUAAAAUGUUGCAGAAAACUCAUCAAGUUAAAUUUGUAUAACUGUGAACACCUUAAGAGGUUUCCAUGUGUUAACGUGGAAUCUCUUGGAUCUCUGGAUCUACGAUAUUGCUCUAGUUUAGAGAAUUUUCCAGAAAUGCUCGGAAGAAUGAAUCCGAAGUUAAAGAUUAAGAUGGAAGGCUCUGGGAUAAGAAAACUACCAUCAUCUAUUAUGUAUUACCAAGCUUGUGUUCCAGAGCUACAUUGGAUUUAUAUGGAAAACCUGGUAGCUCUUCCAAGAAGCAUUGGCAUGUUGAAAGGUUUGGUGAAGCUAGAUGUGUCGUACUGCCCUAAACUUGAAAUCUUUCCAGAAGAUAUAGGUGAUUUAGAAAACUUAGUGGAGCUUCAUGCCACAUGCACUCUAAUUUCACGACCUCCAUCUUCCAUCGUCCGCUUGAACAAGCUUAAAUUCUUGACUUUUGCAAAACAACAAUCAGAAGUGUUCUUUGUGUUCCCUCGGGUGAAUGAAGGGUUACGCUCAUUAGAAGAUUUGCAUCUCAGUAAUUGCAAUUUAAUAGAUGGAGGUCUUCCAGAAGACAUUGGAUGCUUAUCCUCUUUGAAAAGGUUUUAUAUCAAUGGAAAUAAUUUUGAGCAUUUGCCUCAAAGCAUAGCCCAACUUGGUGAUCUUCAAUUGUUGGACUUGAAAGACUGCAAGAGGCUCAAAGAGUUGCCUGGUUUCAUGGGGAUGCCAAACUUGAAGACUUUGAAUCUGUCAUAUUGUAUGAAUUUUAGAGAGGUUCAUUAUUCCCUGGGAUUUCUCAAAAAGCUCUGUACAUUAAAACUGACUAACUGUAAACGGCUUAAGAGAUUUCCAGCUCUGUGCAUCGAUUCCCUUGAAUAUCUCGAUCUAGAGGGGUGCUAUAGUUUAGAAAAAUUUCCAGAAAUCCUCGGAAGCAUGAAGGUGGAGUCAGAGAUUUGCAUGCUAGACAGUGUAAUGAGAUAUCUAAAUUCGAUGUAUAUUUCAUUUCCACAUUCCUUGUCUCAGAAGAUCGUUAUCUGGCAGCAUGACAUCUCUGCUUCAGAUUCCUUUUCACAAAGAGUGUUUAGCAUUGAGCAUGGUGGGAACAAGAUCCCAAGUUGGUUCCAUUAUCAGGGGAUGGAUGGAAGUGUAUCAGUCAAUUUGCCUAAGAAUUGGUAUGUAUCGGAUAACUUCUUGGGAUUUGUUGUAUGUUACACUGGCAGGUUAAUGAAUGUGACAACUCACUUGAUUCCCUUAUCUGAUGAUGGGAAGUCGUGA